UUAGAAAUCCAUGGCUAUGUCAAAUGAGAAGGUUAGCAACCAUAUACCUAAUGAUCUUGUUUUCUCUAUUAUGUCAAAAUUGCCUCUUAAAUCUUUGUAUCGGUUUAAAUGCGUACACAAAUCAUGGGCAAUCUUAUUUGAAAACCCUAAUUUCAUGAACAUAUAUCGCAAAAAUUUCAUCCUAAAAAAUCAUUCCUAUUACGAUGAUACAUGCCUCCUUUUAAAGCAUAUGGUGCUAGAUUUCGAAAGUCAUUGUGUGUUGCAUUUGUGUUCUGGUGAGAGGUUGAAUAGUAAAGUGAAAUUAGAUUGGCCGCCCCCAUUUCAAAAGGAUGAUCGUGAUAUUAAUAUUUUAGGUUCUGGUAUUAAUGGUAUUCUUUGUCUCUAUGAUGAAGGCAUUAGUUCAAGAGUUGUAUUGUGGAAUCCAGCUAUUGACGAAUUUAAGGUCAUUCCUCCUAGUCCAGUUGAGUCUCUACCACAUUAUGUAAUUUGUGAGGUUCAACAUCAUGGAUUUGGCUAUGAUUCUAUUGGAGAUGACUAUAAGGUGAUUCGAUAUGUAAAAUUUCAUUCAUAUCUACAUUAUUUUUCAAGUGAUCGGAAAAAUUUUCCAUGGUUAAAUGUGGUAUACGAUCCUUUAUGGGAAAACCAUAAUAAAUUAAAAUUAUUCAUGUUGAAUAGUAAAGUGAAAUUAGAUUGGCCGCCCCCAUUUCAAAAGGAUGAUCGUGAUAUUAAUAUUUUAGGUUCUGGUAUUAAUGGUAUUCUUUGUCUCUAUGAUGAAGGCAUUAGUUCAAGAGUUGUAUUGUGGAAUCCAGCUAUUGACGAAUUUAAGGUCAUUCCUCCUAGUCCAGUUGAGUCUCUACCACAUUAUGUAAUUUGUGAGGUUCAACAUCAUGGAUUUGGCUAUGAUUCUAUUGGAGAUGACUAUAAGUACUUUAUAGUACCGUUGAAGUUUCGAUGA